AAACGCUGUCUCCAGGAGAGGGAGCCCCGACAACGAGGAAGGGAGCGCUGGGUGGUGAGAUGGCGGGCGCUUGUGGCUGUAGUAUUGUUCUGUCCCUCUGGUUGCUGCUGUGUCUGCUUGUGCUGGCGAGGAGCGAGGAGAACAAGAAUUUUGAAGAUAUCAGGUGUAAAUGUAUUUGUCCGCCAUACAAAGAAAAUGCAGGCCACAUCUAUAGUAAAAAUAUAUCACAGAAAGAUUGUGAUUGCCUACAUGUUGUUGAUCCCAUGCCUGUUGCUGGACAAGAUGUUGAAGCUUAUUGCUUGAGGUGUGAAUGUAAAUAUGAAGAGCGAAGCACAGUUACAAUUAAGGUAACGAUCAUCAUUUAUCUGUCAAUUCUGGGCUUAUUGUUGCUUUAUAUGGUUUAUCUGACAUUGGUAGAACCCUUGCUGAAGAAACGUUUAUUACGUUCACAGUUACUACAGAAUGAAGAUGACUUUGGGGACACACAGCCAUUUGCCAAUGCCCAUGAAAUACUGUCCCAUUCUCGGUCACGAACCAACAUGUUGAACAAAGUUGAAUAUGCACAGCAGCGCUGGAAGAGACAAGUUCAAGAACAGAGGAAAUCAGUUUUCGAUCGCCAUGUUGUCCUCAGCUAAAAACACUCUCAAGUACAUAGAGGAAUACAGGAAGUGAUAAAUUAGUGGACCUAUAGAAAUAAUCUGUAUGACAAUCUUUAUGGCCCUAACUGCUUGUUGUAUUUGUUUUAUACCUUAAUUCCUUUUGCCCUUGGUUCUUUGAGGAAAUAAUAUAGAAUAAUAAUCAUGUUAAUAGUUUGAUAUUCUUUCUAUGUCAUGGUUUUGAUAUAAUUAUUUUAAUACAUUUUCACCCUGAAUUAUAAUAUAGUUGUGGAAACAAAACCACAACAUAACAAGUGAUGGUAAACUAUUAAUAAAAUAGAGCUAGAAGUUAAUUUUUUUCCUGGAUGCUUUAAUUAUGGGGCAGUUACAGAACAAUAACAUGGGAUAUUAACAAAAGACUAAGACUUGCUGCUUUUAAUAUAAAUCACAGAAUUGGUGUUAACACAAUUUGUUCUUUGUGGCACUCUUUCUGUCUAAAAUUUUUUUUGCCCCCUGCAACAUCCCUUUGAUUUUUGUUUAUAAUCAACAUUUUUAUUUAAGUCAUGAAUCCAAAAGAUAGCAAUUGUACAAUAAUUGAUAAAUCAUCAAACGUAUAUAGUUCCUCCCUCUGACGAGAAAUUGUUUUCAAUUUAUUAGAAAUAGAGGAAAAGAAAUUAAAAUACAAAACUUACAACUUCACCAAUUGAAAAUAAUUUGAUUGAGUCAUUGUUCUAGCCCUAAACAUUACAGAAAUAGCCUAAUUUUGAAUUUUUUUUUAAAUGGUGCUAGAAUAUGAUACACCUUUACAGCAGUUUUUACAUCUUUUUUUUCUAUUGUAGUUAGUUAAUGGAUUUUGCAAAUCAUUAAUAGUCUUAGUUUAUUAUCCCCAAUUUUCAUUUCAUUUGCCUUCUCUUGUGAAUGCAGUAGCAGUCACUUGGAGACAUAGUUCCAUUAGUGCGACCUACUCCCUUCCUGUUAAGUUGUUCAAGUCUUGACAAAGACAUUGAUAAAUAAUUUCACUGUAGAAAAUACCAUAACCAUUCCCAAACUUGCCUACAACUAAUAUCCAUAGACAUUUUCUAGUGGAGCUCAUUGGAUGCUAAUAAUAAACAGGCUGUUUUGCCGAAUGCAUCCCCCAACUAAUGGGAAUGAAGCCUGAUGUUGUGUCCCAUCCCUCACCCCAUCCUUACAGCUAAUUCAAUUUGAUGGAGAGAUUGAAUACAAUCAUUCUGGUUGGUAUCAUUCAGUAAAGUGACAUAGAGUAUAUUUACCCAAGACAAAUUCUGGCCUUAACGUAUGAUUAAAUGCUAACACUUAACAGGUCAGUGUUUUUAUUCUUUUAUAUUAUCAUUUUAAGCACUGCUGUGUACAAAGCUGAAAUAUGUUUUGCUCUUCACAGCUUGUGGCUAGGCUAGUAGGGUUCUGUCCAAAAGUUAGAAGUAACUAAAGUUAUUUUGCCAGUUCCUUUUUCUAUAGAAAGGAGCAUUCACAGGCAAUAGCACAACUGAACUUAACUUGCCAAGUGAAGAGAAAUAAGCAAAAUGGCCAGUUAAUCCAUGUAUAACAUGUUAGUCAUUGUAUGCUGCAUCAUCACUUCACCAGUUUAAUUUUACCUGUUCAGUAUGUACCUUGCCAUACAAAGUUGAGAGAAAAUAGUUAUCUAAUAAAAAGCACGUUAUUUUAACCUGGUAAACAAAGUUCUAUAUUGUAUUCUGUUGAGACACUAACUUGCUGACAUAUUUAACUAGGGAUUAAAUUUGAUCAUGCCACAAGAAUAUUUAUAAGAAAUGCUACAGAAUGAUAAGCCAACAGCCACUGUAAACAUUUAAAUAAUAUGUUCCACAUUGAUAAUGACUGAAGAAUGGAAUUGUGUAGAAUUUUACAUGUGCAUUCAGUACUUAAAUUGAACAGAUUAGAUAAUACUAGUCCCUUAAUUUAGGCUGUAUUUCUCCCUCCCAGUGAUACCAAUAUGUAUGUUUUGGGACCUUUUUAUAAGCUGUAAUUAAUGUAUUAAAAAAAAUUUAAAAUUC